UCUUUUUACCUGUCUCAGCAGAGGAUGUUGCAUUAGAUGCCAUUAUUUCCUGUAAUCUGGGUAUCUGGCUGUUGCCCUGGAGCUUGUCAGCUCCUGCCUGCCAUCUGCGCCACGCUUCCCACCUCCCGUCUGCCCAAUCGCCGAGCAGACAAAUCGCACACCACCAAGCAAGUUCCCAACCCGAUCCUGCUCCGAUGGUGGCAUUUGACGCCCAAUAACAGCCAGUCUGUGCCUCUAGCGCGACGACCGCAUGCGACACUGUCAUCUCCUAUGCUUCUGUCGUUAUCGACUGCCCACGAGUGGCACCAGCCGCGCACGCAAUGAGGUUGGAUGUAAAAAAGCCCAUGCCGGAAAUAAUACAGAUACAGCUUGCCUAGCUC